AAAAAUGAAAGAAUAAGACCCCAUUUGCCACAUUCUCUGUCUCUCUCUCUCUUUAGAAAUCUCACAACUCAACAUAUAUAUAAAUAUUUGAAAGAAUAAGACCCCAUUUGUGACAUUCUCUCACUAUAUAUAUAAAUAAUUGUAUAUGAAGUCGUAUGGCUAAUCCUCCAACAGACUCGCCCAAAAGUGACCAACCACCCAACCCAUCCAUAUCACCAUCAGUACUCCCACAGUCUGAGCUGAGCCCAAUAUCAUCUGAAAAUCAACUACCAAGCCCGGUUAAGGCCCGGCCAUCAGAAGACCCGCCCCCGCAAAACCCGUUUCAUUCCCCACGAACAGGGUCUGCUUCGGUGAGGAAGCACCCGUUUUUCCGGGGAAUCCGUUGUAGGAGUGGGAAAUGGGUUUCAGAGAUUCGAGAGCCAAAGAAAACGACACGCGUUUGGCUCGGUACGUAUCCGACUCCCGAGAUGGCCGCCGCAGCAUAUGACGUUGCGGCGCUCGCCUUGAAAGGCCACGACACUGCCUUGAACUUCCCUGAUUUGGCUUCCUCUUACCCAGUACCAGCUUCUACUUCGGCCGCCGAUAUUCGUGCGGCGGCGGCUAAGGCAGCCGAGUCCAAACAACCCCAACAGCAAGCCGAGCCUAAGCCGAUACCGAAUAAGCAGGAUAAAAACUGUGGGGAUCAGGAGAGUUCGAAAGCUGUAGACGAUUGGGUGAUCAAUGGGGAAAGUUGUUCGAGUACUACUGCAAAUAAUAGUGAGUUGAGUUCAGGCGGCGGUGAGUUUAUGGAUGAGGAAGCCCUUUUGAAUAUGCCGAAUUUGCUAGUGAACAUGGCUGAGGGAAUGCUAGUGAGUCCACCAAGGAUCAAUACGCCGUCGUCUGAUGACUCACCUGGAAAUUCAGAUGGAGAAUGUUUAUGGAGCUAUACUUAAUAAAUGUAUCGGACAAAAUCAUUAUAUAUUCUGAUGGAUGGUGGUGAUGAUAUAUAUAUAUAUUUUAUAUAUUUAUGGAUCAUCAUCCAGUUAAAUGAUCCAGAUUCAAGGCAUCAAUAUAUUAAAUAUGAUGCAAAAUGAUGGUAUUAAAAGACCAAAAAGGUACGGGUAUGUUUUUUCUUUUUCUUUUUCUGGUACUUUUGUAUUUUUGCUUAUUCUCUGUGUGUUUCUCUGAUUUUUGCUACCCUUAAUUGCCUUUUUUUUGGAAUUGGGUAUUUGUUUUUUGGGAGAAGGGGUUCUUCUAUUAUUACCUUCUUUCCCCACCACUGGAUUUUUGCAGCUGAUUAUAAUGUAUGUGGAAUCCGUACGUGUAAAGCUGGGCAGCUACACGUGCAGGAGAUUUUGCUGCUAACCUUUUAUGAUUUAGUAGCUGUAUGUAUAUAUAUUUAUAUAUUAUAUACAUAUAUGUUUAUGAAAGAAGAAGUACUAGUACUCUUUCUACUCAUGUUUAUGCCUUAUAUUCUUGUUUUGGAAAUAGAUCAUUCGGGAGGAAGAUUUUUAAUAAAUUUAUAUAUAUAUGAUGAGAGAGAUAUUUUAUGUAUACUUUCUAUGUAUUGGAUCUCUACUUUUAAUUAUGGAUCUUUACCAUUUUCAAUCAAAACAUACUACUCCUUAAUUACUUACGCUCAUGAUUACUUACAUAUUUGUUCUAGAUUUUGACCAGGUUUACCUAUUACAAGGGGCAUUAUUAUAAAGUCUUAGUAUAUGAAUGAUCAACUAGCUAGGCUUUUUAGUAAGUCUCAGAAUUAAUAAUAAGUGAUAAAUUCUUCUCAAAAGACAAAUAAUAAUAAUAAGUGAUAAAUCAAUAAUAAUGACUUUGAAGUUUUGAAUGAUGCUAUUUUUGGGUUAAGAACGAAUCCUCUUCUCUCUUCUUUGUGUCUGAUCGUUCUUAUUAUACUGUAUAAGGGAAAGAAGUAAUAAAUUAAUUUAUAAUAAGAUAUGGUUUGAUAUGAUAUGGAUAUUAUAAUAAAUAUAAAUAUAUUAGUAGCAACACUAUGUUUCCAUGUAAGGCCGGCCAUAAGUCGUUUAUUGUUAAAGUAGCUCAGACAAGAAGCAACAAUCGUGCCGAUUGUUAAGGUCAUGAUUUUUAGAAAUUCUUUCGUAUUCAAAUGAUUUGCGAACUCCAUUAAUCUCUUUAAUAUCCAUGAUUAGUACCUACCCAGCUUUGAAAAAAAGACUCGAAAUUAUAAUCUGUUUGGACUAGUACUUUCGAUCCGAAAGAUAUCUCUAUAGAGCACUACAUUAAUUCUCAGCUAUAUUGGGGCUAACUUCUAAGAUUUUAUGAAGCAAAUCAGGUAGAUAGCUAUUUCCAAAUACGACAUUGAUUGGCAGUAUAAUCACAUUUGCUAUAUUACUUGAUUUACAUUACAUAUAUAUGUGUGUAUCAUUAUUAUGUAUAUUACUGCAGUACAUCAAACAUGCAUGGUAUGCAUGUUAUUAUAAUUAACUAUAUAUCAUAUGCAUUCCCUACAAAAGAACUAUAUCGUCAUAUAUAUGCCUCAAACUUUUGUUAAGUACUAUAUAUAUAUAUUUUUAUAUGUAUAUCAUGUGAUUAUGUAUGUAUGUAUGAAGUAAUAAAAGUAGAUCGAUGAGAGGGGAGGAUGGGGGGCAAAACUCUAGUAUAGUCUGCAACGAAGGUACAAAGAAAAAAAAAAGUUAUAGGAGGAAUCCGUGUGCAACUAAUAGGUUAGGGGGUCCUAUAUAUUUACAUAUUUAUGGCAAAAAUAAGGAAUGGACUGGCCUAGCUAUGGCUCAACAAUAACUACCAGACUCACUACAAUCACUGAAAGUAUAUGAAAAGAUAUAUGUACAGAAGAUAAUAAAUUAAGAAUUAAUAUAUAUGUACAUAUAGGUGGAGUAAACCCACAAAAUAAUUUUGGAAACAUCCCAAAAAUAGUGUACCGAUGCAUCUUUGUUUCGGCAUUCAGGAAAAUCUUUUAACUUAAUUUAUUUUAUCAUCGUUCAUAUUGUAGUUAUUUAAGAAAGGAUAUAAAUAGCGGCAUAAGUACUUAAAGUUUUAUGUUUGUAAGCGGCAUAAACCUGAUGUUUAUUUUUAGCGGCAUAAGUAUCCAUAAUUUGUAAAACUAUAAUUUUCUUCUAGUUUCGUCAGUAUAGACUCUGUUUUGAAUUUGUUAAAAGAACAUUUGGAAGUAAAUGAUACUACAUAUUUUUAUUUA